AGCACUGCCACCGAAAGGUUUGCUCAAUCUUCCUACUCGAUCCAUACACCUUUGGUACGACCCCAGUACGACCCCAGUUAGGCACAUUAUCGCCCUUCAUUGGGGUAGAGUGUCCAGUGGCAUGUCGACGGGUCCUAGUUUUUUCCCAACACCAGCCCUCGACCAUUCGUUCGCCGGGAUAACGGCUGGGACCGUCGCAGUUUGCUGCGUGCAUCCGCUUGAUCUCCUCAAGAUCAAAUUCCAGGUAUCAACGUCGCCACCACCCGGGAAUUCUAAUCCUUUGAAACAAAUAUACAACUCCCUUACGGGCAUCAAGCGCGACUCUGGGUGGAAGGGUUUAUAUCGAGGUAUUGGUUCCAAUGUCGCAGGGAAUGCAGCAGGCUGGGGCUUGUAUUUCUGGCUCUACACUAUAAUAAAGGGUCGAUUAGCAACGGACGGCUCAGAGAAGCUCACUUCGGGAGAUUAUUUGUUAGCAUCUGCAGAAGCCAGCGCCAUAACAGCGGUGCUUACUAACCCUCUAUGGGUGGUGAAAGUUCGAAUGUUCACUACACGUGCUGAUGCUCCAGAUGCAUAUAGAAGCGUGGCACAUGGCUUAACAUCAAUCGUUCGCACCGAAGGUGUGCGGGGUCUCUAUAGAGGGACUUCCUUAGGGCUCUUCGGCGUCAGCUCGGGGGCUCUACAAUUCAUGGCGUACGAACAGAUGAAGAAUUUUGCUUUCUACAGAAAACGGCGGAGAAUUGAAAAGCAAGGCGGAAUGUGGAGGGAAGGUGAAGAGAAGCUGGUACGUUUGUCCGAGUUUCACAUCUAUCAGCGCAUCGAUGCCGGUCAUUUCUUCGACCCAUUUACAUUUGUACAGUCAAACGCCACAUAUACAUUCGUGUCGGCUGCUGCUAAGCUCCUUGCGCUUGCUUCUACAUACCCAUACCAAGUCAUCCGCUCUCGCUUGCAAAACAACGCUACAAACCACCUCUAUCCAAAUCUCCGUACCUGCACUCGCAAAACAUGGCAGGACGAAGGCUAUCGGGGAUUUUAUAGGGGACUAGGGACGAAUCUUAUUAGAGUGUUGCCUGGAACGUGCGUCACCUUUGUCGUGUACGAGAAUGUCGCAUGGUUACUGAGGACAACUGCCAUUCGGAGACAACGGGAGAAGUGACAUCAGACGAG